ACUGAUGGAGAACACUUAAAAACUAUAAGUCCAUUAACUUCAAACUGUUGGGUUGGUUGGAAUAAAACUUCACGCCCGAAACCAUUAGUUGCUCUUACUUUAAGUGCUGUGUCAAGAAUUUAUGCUGUUAAGCUUUUAACAUAUGUAAAUGAAAGUAUGCAUGCUGGCACUAUUAAAAGAUUUUCUGUGGAAGCUGGUAGAUCUGUUCCCAUACCGAGACUUGGUUAUGUAUGUGCUCCUGAUUCAAUGUACUAUAUUAGCCCACAAGUGAUUGAGUAUACAAUAGAUUUGGGAGGAGUAUUGGCGAAGGUGAUCAGUAUCAAAUUUGAUUAUUCUAUGGAGUGGAUUUUCUUGCGACAAGUUUCAAUUGUUCAAGAGAUUCCGGUAGCUACGGGGGCGUUAAAAUUAUCACCGAAAUAUCUAACAUGCAAAACACCGGCUAAGCCAACAAAACUUGAUGAUAAAAAGGAGAAAUUACCUUAUUACUUGCCUUGGUUAUCACUCCCUGCGUUGUUAGUAGUUGCAGUAAUAGUAAUUUUAAUGUUACACCGACGUCGUACCAGACGAGACAAAUCAAAAUCAUCCAUAAAUGAGCACUAUGCAGGACUAAAAAAAUACAAAAAUCCUACCUAUACAGAUUUAAAGGAAAACGAACGCCAGGCUUAUCCUGAUUUACAAAACCACGAAAGCCCUGAAUAUGCAGACUUAAAGAAGAGAGAACGCCAGGAUGGUGCCGGUUUAUUAGAGCACGACAGCCCUGAAUAUGCUGAUUUAACAAUGGACGUUAGCUAUAGUUAUGUAGAUGUUGAAGGGAAAGAAAGGCAUGGUUAUGAAGAUUUGCAAAAGCACGAAAAGUCGAACUAUGUGGAUUUACAGAAACACGAAAAGCCGAUCUAUAAAAAUUUGCAAAACCACGAAAGCUCUGGCUGCGUAAACUUUAGAGAAGACGAAAACUCUGUUCGCAAAGAUUUAAACAGACAUGAAAGCUCCAACUAUGAAGAAUUGAAUCACGAUUAUGAAGUAGAAAUGCCACCAGAUGUUUAGAUUACUCUAUUUUCUUUAGUCAAUUUACGCGACGCAAAAAUGAAGUAAGAUUUUCUCUAAUAGACCUUUCCCAAAUUUCAUAAUUACGUCAAACUAAAGAGGUGGAUACUAAAAAUGAUUCUUAUCCCUAAGUUUCUUAGCAAAAGGUAGAACAAGUUACCUAUUUUCGUAAAUAUUUCUGUUCGUUAAGUGUCUCAACUGCGAGCUGAAAGUUUCAGUCAAACCCUUCAUAUAGCCGAGUUUUUUUUAAGAAUAGCUUCGUUUUCAAAAUAAUUAUUUUCUUUAAAUCUAAAUAAAAUCCAACCAGAAUAUUAUAUUGCUCUAAAAACUUCAGCUUUGUCAUGAUAAUUUGAUAUCUGAAUAUCCUUAUUUAAAGAGCAUUGAACCAUUAUAAAAUUUUGGAUGACGUUAUAAUUAUUAUAAUUUAUGAAAUUCGAUAAGGGUGUAAAAUUUGAAACUUGCAACAAAUAUAAUUCAAAUGGAAAAAUAGGCCAACUAAUAGCAAAGUAGGUACUUAUUUAUUUUUCAGUGUGUUUCGUCAUUAUAGAAAGUAUGGUUUUAGUCAAAUAAAAAAAUAUUUGGUGAUAUAAAUAUUUACCACUUAAUUAAACGAAUACUAUUUAGCUAAUUCAUGUCAACUGAUUUGAUAUACAUGUUCUAAAAUCGCAUUGUGUAAAAAAGUAAACAAAUAUGAUAGGUGAACAAGCUUUUUUGUAUUCCUUAGUUUGUAUUUAUAUGCAGCAUUACAGAUGUAUAAAAAUUUUGAUUUGUUAUUAUUGUAAUCCUUUGAAAAUUCAUAAAUUUGUACAAUAAGCCUUAACUAGCCUUCACAGUCUACUAACUGUAUUUACUCUAGAGUUCCCGCCUCUUUAGUAAACCUGUCUUUUUGGCACGAGUUGC